CUUUCGUUUAUAGUUCUAUGAAUACAAUGUUCUUCAAGCUUACUAUUUGGUUACUAUAUUUUAUCAUAGCUGCUAAUACUGUACUGAGACAUUCUGAAAAUGAAGCUUCUACUAGUUAUACUGAACCAGACAACAUUUUUGAAGAUAAGCACGUCAUCAAAACGGAAGCCAUGCAACUGAUUCUCAAAGAUUCGUACGAUGAUUGUAGAAGAUGGUUGGGCAAAUCUCUAUUUAGUACUAUAACAAUUACCGAUUUCUUGUUGUACAUGGGGAAAAACCAAUCCGACAAGAAAACCGUUACAAAAUACUGCCAGGACAAUAAAGAGGCUUUGGCAAAACAAAAUGUUAUAGAUUUAAAUCUAUAUGGUAAACUUUUUCAACACAUAUGCAGCAAACGUGGCGUUUCUAUAAAAAACUGGACAACACAUAUGAAAAUUAAAGCGGCAACAAGGACACUAGAAGAUAUUAAAUUGUUAGAUUGGGGCGAUCACGAUUAACUGGUCUAAAA